AUGAAUCUGCCACUGGGAGACCCAGUGCUACUAGCGCAGGACAUUCCCGAGACGCUGACGGCGCGACUCCGCUCUGGUGGACAGGCAGUAUGCAUGCGCUUCUCGCACCGCGGUGAUUUACUCGCGUCCGGAACUGCCAAGGGCACAAUCGCCAUCUUCGACCUCGAGACGAAUGGCGUGGCGCGUAAGCUCAAGGGCCACACGGCGGGGCGUACGGUGCAGUCGCUAUCAUGGGAGAAGAGCGGGCGCUACCUGCUGAGCAGCAGCGUCGAUUGGAAGGUCAUUCUGUGGGACUUGCAAGACGGGAGUCGCGUGCGCACCGUCAACCUGGSCGCACCGGUCUACAUCGCCGAGCUGCAUCCAUCCAACUAUCUCAUGUGCGUGGCUGCACUGUACGAAUACCGGCCAGUUCUCGCAGACUUCACUGACCGCCUCAAUGUGCGCCAAAUGGCCCUGCCCAACCUGCCUCGCCGCGCUCCGCACGAAGAAGGUGGUGAGAAGGCGGACGCUAAGCACUUCACUACCGUCGCCGCUUUCACACCCACGGGCUCCCACAUCAUCACCGGUACUACAAAGGGCUGGCUGAACGUAAUCAGCACGGCCACGCAAGAGACCGUCUAUAGCACGCGGCUGUGCAGCAAGCCGAUUCUGCUCAUUCGCCUGAGCAGCUCGGGACGUGAUCUGCUGGUCAACGCUUCGGAUACCAUAAUACGGACCAUCAAGCUACCAGACCUCUCCUCGCCGACCUUAGAGCCGGACAGCAUUCGGUUGGAUGUGGAGCAUAAGUUCCAAGAUGUGGUAAAUCGACUCUCAUGGAACCACGUGGCCUUUAGCAGCAAUGCUGACUAUGUCAUGGCAUCCACUUUGAUGAACCACGACAUCUACAUCUGGGAACGCGGCCACGGGUCGCUGGUGAAAAUUCUCGAAGGGCCAAGGGAAGAGCUGGGCGCAGUGGAGUGGCACCCAACCCGUCCGUUUGUGGCCGCGACUGGAGUGGAAAGUGGUAGGAUAUAUCUCUGGUCCAUCAACACCCCUCAACGCUGGAGUGCGCUCGCUCCAGACUUCGCGGAGGUGGAGGAGAAUGUGGAAUACAUCGAGAAGGAAGACGAAUUCGACAUCCAKGACAUCACUGAGCUUCAGAAGCGUCGUUUGGAUCAGGAAGAUGAGGAAAUCGAUGUCUUGACAGUGGACGCAGAGCAGCUCGAGCGCGAGGGCAGAGACGCCAAGGGUGGCGCGGUCAAGGCAAAGGAUGAGUUUCGUAUGCCGGUGCUCCUCGACAUGGGGGAGAGCGAUAGCGAGGAUGAAAUGGUUGCGAUUGGCACCGGACAGUUCAGAAGGAAGAGCACAGCUCAGGCCGAUGAAAUAGAUUUCGUGGACGGAGACGAUGAUGAAGUUGAGAUGAAUGGCAAUACUGGAUCAAAGCGGCGUAGGGAGAAUUGA